AACAAAACAACUUUACGAUUACUCCAUUCCAGUUUCAACUUGUAAGGCGGAGUUAAUCAAUCAUGAAGCGGUUCGUUCUUAUUUUGGCAGUCAUUGCGGUUUGCGGAGCCUAUCCACAAUUCCGGUCGCAGCGUACUCGCUCUGGUGUUGGUGGUCUGAAAGGCAUAUUGGAUGAGAUUGCAGCCCUUAUUCCUUUCGAUCAAUUGAAGGAGCUCCUUGACCAGAAGCUGGCCACUGAUCAUUACGUACAACUAGCUUUUAUAAAAUUGAAUUCGGAUGAGUUCGGUUCUAUUGUGGAAACUCUUCAAACUAAUCCUGCUUACAAUCGUAUGAAGGAUCGUCUAAGGGACAUGGGAGUUCUUGACCAAAUUAAUGGUAUCUUCAGACCAUGGCAGUUUUGUUCACUAGCUAGUCAUAAUACCAUUAUGAAGAUAUUAGCCUGUCUUGCGGUUUUGUUCGUAGGCUCUUGCCAGGGGCAUAGUUUGGAAAAACUUCCAGCCAGAGCGACCCUAACACAAUGUCAGGCGCCCAAUGGCGGUGGAUUGGAGCCAGUAAUUGGAGAAAUACUAGAAAUGGUCAUGCAAGAAAAAGUUCUCAGCAUAAUUCUCACGGCAAUGACAAAUGAUAAACAAGUGCAGGACGUUUUGACUUACAUUACAUCUGAUGAUGGUCUCAACCACAUUGAAAAAAUUCUGGAAUCUUAUGAAAUUCAUCGAAUAAUUGACUUCUCGUGCAAGGAGUUACAUUUAGAUCUAGUUUUCUACAUAAACGAAGCAGGUCAUUACUUAGGUCUACCACCAUUUGACCAGCGGAACAUAAAGCGCUCUACUUCGACCAUACAGCGGACUGGCAUUCAGGGAGUAAUCCGCGACGUUAUUGAUGCGAUUGGAGUAGACAAACUUAAGACGUUUGCCAAAGAUAAAUUAGACAACGACGAGUAUGUUCGUUUGGCUAUAAAGACACUACAUUCAGACGAAGGACAAAGAAUAUUCAAAAAUUUGCUAGAAAAUAUGGACAUAAAAAAGCUUCUGGAAGAUUUAGUGAAAUUAGGUUUGGAUCUGCUUGCUGUUAUUGAAGAUAUAAAAAAAUUAUUCGGAUGCUCGAAAGAUAAGACACAUCUGGACACAAGGGAAACAUACAAAAUACCGCAAGACUCAGACAUGAGGAUGUACACUGAGGAAGCCGAAAGAACUAUCAACCCUUGUGUAUGCAAGCAUUAUAUCAGAGUGGCUAGACGGGUCCAAUGUCCUGCUGUGGAAUGUCAUCCUACCUUCCUGCCGAAAACGAAUAAAUUGGCUGGACAGAAUAGAAAAUAUCAGUUUUAUUGUCAGUGGGGCGAUAGUAACAGCAACAGUAAAAUGAAGUGGAUUUUGAUUGGAUUCGCACUUAUCGCGGCUUCAGGAGUUUCCAAUGGCGAUAUCAUAAUUCCUCCUCCACCUGGUGACCAAUGUAAUGGUCCUGUUCCUGGUGAAGGUCUUGGUGAAGCGCUACGUGAACUUAUCGACUUGCUUCCAAUUGAGAAGCUCCUGGAAAUUUUUAUGACAUGGGUGACCAAUGACGAGGAGGUUAUGGCUGCCAUGGAAUACGUCGGAUCCCCCGAUUUCACACACAUUGUCACUGUAAUGCAAAAGACCCCAGAAUUCGGUGAUAUUAUGGAGUACUUGUGUUUGGAGUGCUACUUCGAUGCCUACUACUACUUGAAUGCAUUAGGUGGACUCUUCAAUUUCCCACCAAUGCUUCGGCCAUACCAACUCCGUAUAAGUUUUGAUGGAUUGACUGGGUUCCGUGGAAUGAUGCGCCAGUUGGGAGACGCACUCCCAUUAGAUGAAUUGAGGGAAAUCCAUCAACGCCGUUUGGCUACAGAUAAAUACUACAAACUUGCACUGGAUAAAAUUGGAUCACAGGAAUUCCGUGAUGUUGGUUGUGCUAUUCAAGCUACUAAGGAAUAUGAUGAAUUGAUCGAAAAAUUGGAGAACAUUGGCGUUGAUACUAAUGCGGUGCUUGACGCACUUUUUGCUUUCUUCCACUGGCCUGUUGACUGUUAAAUGAGUUAAAAAUUGUGUCCAGUAAAGAUAUAAUAUGAUCAGUCGCAUUAA